AUGAUGAUUAAAUGGCAUCCCCCUCCCACUGGCUGGAUUAAAGUUAACUUUGAUGGGUCUUUCAUGAACUCUCAAGCUUCCACAAGUUUUGUCAGCUGGGAUUGCAAUGGGCAUGUCCUUCUAGCUGGCUCCAACAACAUUGGUGAGAAUUCCAUAAAUGUGGCUAAAAGUGUUGCUCUUUGGGAUGGUCUUGUUGCUGCUAUUGAGAGAGGUUGGGAUCAAAUUGUGAUUGAAAGUGACUCUAAGCUCGUCAUUGAUAUAUUCUUAAAAAAAGCUAGUCCCCCUGGAGUAUCCAACAUAUUAUUCAAGAUAUUUGGUCCCUUUCUUUCUCUGUCACCUCUAUCUGUUUCCAACAUGUGUUUAGGGAGGCUAACUUCACAACAAAUGCGGUUGCUAAGCUAG